UUUCCGUCUUACUAUAUUCAGCGCUGUGCUCAUUUUAUCUUCACGAAGCAUUAAGUAUAACAUGAAGAUCCUAGAAGUCACCUACAACCCCAUUAAUGAGAGAAACACCUUCACCAACGGCGACUUGAUUUCAGGUCAGGUAACUGUGAAGGUGAGGAAGGAAACUCAAAUCAACUCACUGUACAUCAAGUUGUGCGCUAAAGCCAAGGUCCUGUGGAGAAGGAGGUUUGGGUACACUGUAGUGGUUUACCACGCCAAGGAGAAGUACUUCAACAGCAAACAUUACUUUAUUCAGGACAGGAACGUCAGAGUUGACAACCAGACACUACUGAGAAACCAGCACGGAGAAAUAUACAGCAGUGUUGUUGCACCAGGAUGCCACGUGUACCCCUUCACCUUCCAGAUCCCUUUUGGAAACUUUCCGUCUUCCUUUCGAGGCCCAUUUGGUAAAAUUAUUUACCAACUAGAAGCCAAGCUGAGCAGAUCCAUAAAGAUCACCAAGAAAGAUUCAGCUCAUAUCUACUUUGUGUCGAGACCAGACCCAAACUCUGUUUGCCUGAUGAUGGCUCCACAACAUGAAACUAAGACCCAGGAAAUGAAGGUUUUCAGCUCAGGAUCAGUAUCAAUGGACGUGAGUAUUGAAAAAACUAGCUUCAUUCAAGGAGAAGGAAUGAAGGUUGUGGCCAUUGUUCAGAACAACUCGUCUCAUGAGAUCAAGCUCAAAUACCGUGUCUAUAUGAAGCAAAGCUUCUUUGCAAAGAGGAGGAGAAAACGUUUUACCAAAGACCUUUUGAAGGAGGUGGGAGAGCCCAUCCCUCCAUCCUCCAAAGAAACAGCCACGAGAGUCAUCACCAUCCCCAGAGACAUGGAGCCCUCCAUCCUCAACUGCAACAUUAUCAAAGUGGAGUACAGACUCAGGGUUUACCUCGAUGUCAAAUAUGCCUCAGACCCAGAGAUCAAGUUCCCCAUAAUCAUCCUUCCAGGCUGUCAGACUCCUUGGUUCCAGUACCACCAGCGCCAGCUGUCAGGGAUGUCGGCACCGCAAACACUUGAUGCCCAACCUCCUCAUGGAGCACAUACCAUGUAUUCGUCAGUGACAGACUCUAACAAAACUUUGUUCUAAUAAUUUAAUUAAUGAAUUCAAGAUUAACUUGAUGAAGGGACGAGGGCUUCUUUACAGUUCAAUCAGUGGACCUGUACCAUCCACCCUUUACAUGCUAGACUCGAUGUAAUUGAAAUAUUUAGGUUUAAUUACAAAAUAAAUUAUUAUUAUAAAGACAGUUUAAGUGAUCUUGAAUAAAAAGACAACUAGUUCUUCAACAGACUGGAUACAUGUUCCACUCUGGUUUAACAAAAUUCCCAUGUAGAGCUACGAUAUAAACAAGACAGAGCUGCCGUGUAGGCUGAGAAGGUCUUUGUUGUUUGUACCUGGAGAGUUUGUGCAGUAUAUUUCUUUGAGGAACAUGGCAAUAAAAUGCUUAUCAGUUAAAUAUGAUGACAUGCAAUAUGUUUGUCUGUUUGUCUUCUAAUCAACCUGCACAGCCAUCAGCGGUCAGACACACUUCAUCAAUGGUUUUAGAUAACUUCUCACCCCUUACUACCACUUUUGCUUCUAUUUUACUACCAGAUUUUCUGUGUAGCUUGGGAUGGUGCAUCUGACCCUAUUGUUUCUAGCUGUGGUGUGCCUCAGGGCUCAGUUUUAGGACCUCUUUUAUUCUCAUGACUCAUGGAUAACUUCCUAGACUUGAAUAACAAGCAAAGUGAGCUCAUUUUGUUUGAAACAGGCCACUGCCCAGAAUGCGGCAGCCCACUUCCUGACUUUUUUAAGAAUGCAGUCACAUCGUCCCUGUUCUUAGAUCCCUCCAUUGGCUGCCUGUUGAUUUCCACAUCAGAUUUAAAAUUUUAACGUUUGCUUUUAAGACAGCCCACUGCACUGCACCUGCAUGUUUGAGUGAUU